CGCAUGAUAUUUCUCUAUACUCAUAUGAAGUAACAUGCGGACAUAUAAACUAAAAUAGUAUUUAUUAAUUAAGACUACGUGAUGAACUGUUGUAUCAUUUAUCGGGUGACUGUAUAUACAAUAUAUAUAGUAGUCUGAUUGCAAGAUAAUUUUUACUGUACAUAUAUUUUGUAUCACACCUGAAUUUAAAAAUGAAUUUACGACGAAUUCCGGGAUUUAUUUAUCACAAUAAAUAUUUCACCGGUGGUAUUUUAUUCACAUUUAUUUUAAUUUUUUACUUACUCUACCACUGGGGCAUUAUCUGUUCAAAUUUUGAAGCACGGCGACAAGUGUCAGAAGUGUGUAAUAAUUAUGAAAAUGGAAUGGCCUUGGGAGUUUUAUGUGAACCCUUAUGUUUAAAACAGAGUAUUCAUUCUUUUACCUGUGAAAAUCUGCAUUCUGGUAAAGAAGUUGUUUUCUCAGCGUAUUGGGAGACUACGAGGAUUGUAUUUAAAUCUUCCAAAAAACGAUUGCCGUCAGAACAAUACGAAUCGCUGCAUUGGAUUGAUACUCUUGGGUACAAACACUAUCCAUCUGAAAAAGAAUUUGAAAAAAUGAUAAGUGACUUAGUAUUUACAAGGCUCAAUAUAACUAUUGGUAAUAGACAAUUAGAAAGAUUAAGUCAUUUACGACUGGGACAUUUAGAAACUGAUGAGAAGAGACGUAACUUUGAAAUGGAAAACAUUUGGUCACUUCUGCAGGAAAACGAAUAUCUUAUUUCGAUUCUCUACGAAGACAGAGAAAUAUUCCCACGUUUGAUUGGAACAUGUGGAACUUUUUAUGCUGUUGAAUAUGCAAAGCCAAUUAAAAAUCCAACAACUGCCUUAGCUCUUUUAGACACGACGCACGAUUGGUCAAAAAGACUUCAAAUCGCCAUAAUGAUUUUAGAUCUAAUAGACGAGUUAGAAAAUAAUUUUCCCGAGUCUUUUAUUCUGUGUGACGUUAAGAUCUAUCAUUUUGGACUUCCUAUUGGUGGUCAACGUCUCAAAUAUCUGGAUCUUGAUGCUGUGUUUCCUAAAGCUGUUGCCAGUCGUUUGACUGCCGAUGGACGAACAUGUAUAAAACACAAUGACUGUGAUUAUUUUGACUGCAAAUCUGUCUGUUCUGUUAAUAAGCUCUGUGAGUCACCUGUGAUUAAUAACAACUUACAGAUAAUUUGCGAAAAAGUUUUCCUUGGCUGGAAACUUUCAGGUACGAUCAUAAUACCUGGAUUACUCAUGUCUCGAAAAACUAAUGAAAACCUUACGGCUUUACUUAACCAAUGUGCGCACAUUGGACGGCCACGAUACAUUAAUUUCGAGAAUUUAUCAAAGAUAUCAACGCCAUUGACUAUAAAAACGAAACUUUAUGAUAUACUGACUGAGAUGGUUCGACAUUACGCAGCUUCCACAUAGAUAAUAGUUUAUUAUUUAUUUUUUAAAAUGAAUGUCUCCGGCCUUAAUAGUGUUACGAUUAUUUUAAAGACUAGUAUUUAGUUAAUUAUAAUUACUCAUUAAUAUUAACGAAUUAUAGCUAUAACACAUUAAGAUACAUAAUUAGAUCAAAAAUAAGUCAAAGAGUAAAAAUACAAAA